AUGGACGCGGUGGGAUUCCACCCCGCCCAGGCGCCGCACCCAUCCGCCGAGCUCGCCAGCGCCCUCGCCCCCUGCGCCGCCGAUUUAUCCUUCGUCCCGGUCCCGGCCGUCGCUUCUUCCUCCUCCUCCAGUGCCCCGCCGGAUGCCGAAGCCGCCGGGCGUCCUCCGCGCCGUCGCCGGACGUCCCGCUGGCGCCCCCGCGACGUCCGCGACGGCCGCGUCCUCCUCGAUUGGAUCUCCCUCGACUCUGAAGCCGACUCCGAAGAAAGCAUUCUCUUGGAAGACGACGACUCCGAAGAAGACUCUGAGGAGCUCGGUGACGGCGAGGAUGGUCCCUGCCUCGCGUGGACCAAACGGGAGCGACGCAACACCGCCAGGUUCCACCUCGCCGUCUGCCAUCCCUUAUCCCGCAGAUACGUGCUGCUUCCAACCAUACCGGAGGACCUCGCCGCCCAGCCGCGGGAUCGCCUUUUGGCAUUCGAUCCCGUGCUCGCUCCUGCCACCGGUGACGACGGCGAGGAGGAGCCCUUCAAGGUGAUAUGCUUUGCAAGAUACCAGACAAAGCUCCUCCUCUUUGUCUUUUCAUCCACAGCUAGUGAUAGUGAACAAUGGUCUAUGGUCGAUUCUCCCUUCGCACCUGUUUUGGAACACACGUCCUGUUUUGACUGUGUGCGUGGCUGCUUCUACUGGUCGCAACCUUGGGAGUUAGAUGAUGAUUUGAGGGUGCUGGACACGCGCACUUUGAGGUUUUCAACCGUCAAUAUUCUCACCGGGUACCAUCUGCAGCUCAGAGAUGCUGAUCCAACCAUUGAGUUCUUUACCGACUCGCGUCGAAAUGCAGUUGUUGUUGGUAGGGAAGGAGUCAUUGAGAUGUUUUCUUUAAUCCGUCAAAACGGGUCCUUUGCCCUCCACCAUACCUCUCUGCAGGAUAAUUCUCAUGAAUGGAAUCUGGAGAAGAUCGUACAGCUACCUGAGCAGUAUCAUGAAUGUACCAUUUCCACAGUGGGUGCGGCCGAGGGGCUCUUGUUCUUGCAAGGCGCUCCACUUGGCAGUGGGUUUAAGAAUCUCGAUUGUUACUCGAUGGACAUCAAGACUUAUGAAAUUACCAAGGUCUGUACAAAGAUGGAGAGCUUCUUCAAGCGCAAACGUGUUCUCCCCUACUUUAGCUUCCCACGGCUGUUAUCAGAACCAGCUAUUUGA